AAUACUUGGAGUAGUUGACUAUUUGGAGCCAGAAAGUAAACUACAGCCUACUUACUAGUCCACAUUUCUCUGAGCGCGUGUGAUUGCCUCUCCUGCUGGAAUGGACCCAUUGCUGAGUUUGCCUUGUAGACUGCUGAUUCUACUACCUCUUUUUGGAGUAUGUUUGACGAAAUUUGCAAGAGCAGAUGGAGUGAGGUCUGAACUCCCCAUAUUCCAUCACUUAUGCGCCCUGAAGAAAGACGAAGGGCCAUGCAGGGCAAUGAAGGACAGGUUCUACUUCGACAUUGACACAGGUCGCUGUGAGCUCUUUGAAUAUGGAGGCUGUCAAGGCAAUGCAAACAAUUUCGAGACCCUGCAGGAAUGCGAAGAUAUGUGUCUUGUGAAAGAGGACAAGAGUCCAUGUCAUCUGGAGGAUGAGCCGGGGCCAUGCAGAGGACUGGUGCCUCGCUUUUUUUUCGAUUUCAAGAGCCAAGAAUGCAAACGAUUCUUUUAUGGUGGCUGCUAUGGGAAUGCCAACAACUUUAAGACCAUAAAAGAAUGCCAUGAGAGAUGUCAACCUGGCUCAAACCACAUGGAACAAAAUGUUCCAUUAAAACCAGAGGUAGAAGAAGCAAAACCCAGGACAGAACCUCUCCCUAAUGAUGCAUCCCAUGUGUCACUGCAAAAAGUCUCCCAACCAGCUGCUCAGGAAGCAGCUGGCUCAAACCACAUGGAACAAAAUGCUCCAUUAAAACCAGAGGUAGAAGAAGCAAAACCCAGGACAGAACCUCUCCCUAAUGUCUCCCAACCAGCUGCUCAGGAAGCAGAGUUCAGUCCCCCAGAAAUCUGCAUGAGUCCAGUUGAUCGGGGCGAUUGUGACGGCUCUGAGAGGAGAUACGUGUACAACCCCAGGACUGGGAGAUGCCAGGCUUUUCGCUACAGUGGCUGUGGAGGCAACAAAAACAACUUUGUCCACAAGAGACACUGCAUGAAGAUGUGCACGAAAGAUCAUGGUCGAAGAAAGCAAAUACGGAUAAAGACGAGGACCUCAAAUAUCUUAUUCCGAUCUGUCUAGGACAUAUAUUUUCAUUUUAACAAAUGCUAAACCACUCUUUAAUCCACAUUGUGCAGCUUUGGUAUUGUGGUGGAGAAAAUCAGAGACAGCAGCAUGUGAUUCUAUCUUGCUGACCCACACAUUAAUAUCAUGUAUAUAAUUAUUACAGUUAAUGGAUUUUAAUCUUGGCUUCAUAUAUGAAGACAUUCUAUGUAUUGUAAGUGUAAAACAUAAUUUUGUUUUAUGGGGAAGAAAGGACAAAUUUACAUACUAAAUUACAUAUUAACAUACAUUAUAAAUGACUCUCUUUACUUCUACUAUAUUUAACACUGUAUUUAUGGCAGUUAUAAAUAUUUGCCGAGGAUUCUAAAUCCUUUCUUCUUUUUUUUUUUUGUAAAAUGUUCUCAAUAUUCAAACAUACUUUACUAAUUCUGUCUUUUUAUUAUGUGUAUACACCGUAAACCCUCCAAAAUGUUUUACUUUUGCUGCCCUUUUACUGCGUCCUUGAACUUAUGCCAUUGUUUGUAUGUAAUGACUUGAGGGAAAUCUAUUGAGAUUAAAUCUAUUGAGAGUUGAGUCUAGCAUUAAAAAAACAUGACAUUUUAUGAUAAAAUAUAGUAAAUGUAACAGAUCACCAGUAAGACCUAUAGCUGCAUAUAGAGUGCUAGUGUUUCUUUUGUGAAAAGGAUUGUCGAACUUAAUAGAUUUGUACUAAAAAAAAUAAAUUAAAAAAAAAUGCUUAAGAUACUACACAAGAUGGAGCUGUUACUCUUGAGAAGACAUUUUUGAAUCCGCUACCAGUUGUUAUUAUUCCAUAACCUGAACUUUUUUAAACAUUUGGAUUUGAAUGAUCUUUCAUUAUGUUUCUUAGAGUUGACUGGUGGAGUCUAUUAAAAUUUAAAGCAUUUGAUUCAA